CUCUCCCCCCCCCCAGUCACAGUGCGUUCCAUCUCUCUCUUUCUUUUCUGCUACAAUCCAGUACAAGCCGACGACGGACUCCGCGCUGGCAAAAGAUUCCCCUGCUUUUCCCCCCCGCUCCCUCUUCUCUUCCCCUGCCUAACAAACCCUAAGACACUAAUCUAAUUUCUGCUCCCAAUCACCAUCCCCGCCAUGCUUCCUGUUUUUCUCCCACUCCUUCCCAUCCCCCUCUUUCGUUAAUUCUUUUUUCUUUUUUUCUCUUUCUUACUGAUGGGCUGCGCCAGCUCCAAGCUCGACGAUCUCCCUGCCGUCUCUCUCUGCCGCCAGCGCUGUUCCUUCCUCGACGAAGCUAUUCACCAGCGCUAUGCUCUUUCCGCCGCUCACAUGGCCUAUAUUAGCUCCCUUCAAUCUAUUGGCCAUUCCUUGCAUCGUUUUAUUCAUGUGGAUUUCCCUACUUCCUCUUCUCCUCCCUCAUCCCCCGAGCUAAAUCUUCCUCCUUCCAAGAAGGUCGAUUCUGUGGUUACUGCUGCUGGUAAGCAAGUGGAUACUUCUUCUCCUUCGCCCCCUCACCUCUCCCAUUCCAAUUCUGGAUCUCAUCUCCACUUCCAGUCCGAUUCUGAUGAAGACGAAGACGACCAUGAAUUGGGUUCCCUUCAUCAUUCCGGUCAUUCCUCCCCCUUACAUGCCCAUCCUGACCAUCCCCCGAUCAAUUACAUCAACCAUUCAGAUCGCCCGGGUCUUGCUUCCUUUCCUGGCCAAGGUUAUAUGCAUAUGAAUUUCAUGAAGAAUAAACCCACGCCUUCCGUGGUGUUUGAGCAGAAGCCUAUCAGCCCCGAGACUGUUUAUAUGGGCGAAUCUUCAUCUUCCUCUUACCCUUAUCCGCACCCCAGUAUGCAUCCUAAUUUUUAUCCCCACGAUGGAUAUCCGACUUAUGCCGGUGGGGGUAAUGGGUAUUUUGCUUCCCCUCCUCCUUAUGGGUCUUCCUUGUCGCAGCCGGCUGCUUCCACAUCCAAGCCACCACCUCCGCCAUCACCGCCAAGGCCUUCAACUUGGGAUUUUCUCAACUUUUUUGAUAAUGAUGAUAGAUACUAUAAUCAGUACACUCCUAGUCGGGACUCAAAGGAAGUGAGAGAGGAAGAGGGCAUUCCUGAUUUGGAAGACGAGGAUUACCAACACGAAGUCGUUAAAGAAGUGCAUGGGGAUCAAAAGUUCGUGGAUGGGGGUGCUGGAAAUCAUUCGAAGCCCUCAGAAAACGACGAAGUUGACAGGACAGAGGCUUCAGUUUACCAGAACAGGCCGAGUGUUUCGAUGGAGAAUGAUGGGGUGGAAUAUGAGGUGCAUGUGGUAGAUAAGAAAGUCGUUGAUGGCGACGAGAGGUCUAAGGAGCGGGGUGGAGGUGCUGCAUUCCGAGGCCGCAGUGGCACACGGGAUGCAUUUGAAGUAGCCAGAGAGAUUGAGGUUCAGUUCCGGAGGGCAUCUGAGUCGGGCACCGAGAUUGCAAAGAUGCUUGAGGCGGGGAAGCUUCCUUACAAUAAAAAGUAUGGCGCUUAUCAAGCAGCUUCUUCCAAGAUGUUGCAUGCAGUUGCUCCCUCAUUGUCCAUGGUGGCUUCGCAACCUUCUACUUCUAAAAGUGCUGAAUCUACAUCCGCCAUUGACAAGGCUGGUCCUAGUAACUUGGAUUUUGAUGGCGAUAUAAUGAUGCGAUCACGCAAUCUUUCUUCUACAUUGCAGAAGCUUUAUCUUUGGGAGAAGAAACUCUAUGAUGAAGUCAAGGCUGAGGAAAAGAUGCGGGUCAUGCAUGAUAAGAAGUGUCGUAAGCUGAAGCGUAUGGAUGAAAGGGGUGCUGAUUUUCACAAAGUUGACUCAACUCAAACGUUAGUAAGGAGUCUGUCCGCAAAAAUAAGAAUGGCAAUUCAGGUUGUUGAUCGGAUUUCUAUGACGAUAAACAAGAUCAGGGAUGAAGAGCUGUGGCCUCAGCUGAAUGAAUUAAUCCAUGGGUUGACAAGGAUGUGGAAAUCCAUGCUUGAGUGCCACCGUAAUCAGUGUGAAGCAAUUAGAGAAGCCAGAAUAUUGGGUUCCAUUCGAUCCAGAAAGAAGAAUGGUGAUGGUCAUCUUUUAGCCACAAAGGAGCUUGAACAAGAACUUAUCAAUUGGACUUUCCAAUUUUCUAGCUGGGUUAGCGCCCAGAAGGGUUAUGUUAGAGCAUUGAAUAAUUGGCUUCUAAGGUGUCUCCUAUAUGAGCCUGAAGAAACACCUGAUGGCAUAGUCCCCUUCUCCCCCAGUAGAAUCGGUGCUCCUCCUAUAUUUGUAAUCUGUAAUCAGUGGUCCCAAGCAUUAGAGAGAAUAUCUGAAAAAGAAGUGGUUGAUUCAAUGCGUGUGUUGACCAUGAGUGUGCUUCAGAUAUGGGAACAAGAUAGGCUAGAAAUGCACCAGCAGUUGAUGGUUAACAAGGAUCUUGAGAGAAAAGUCAAACAUUUAGAUAAAGAUGAUCAGAGGAUACAGAAGCAAAUUCAAGCAUUAGAGCGGCAAAUGGUUCUGGCAUCCGGUGACGGUAAGGGUCUCUCAGUUUCCGAAAAUAUUAUAUAUCAGAGUGAUAAAAGCAGCAGUCUACAGGCUAGCUUGCAGCGCAUUUUUGAGGCCAUGGAGAGAUUUACUGAGAACUCUGUGAGAGCAUAUGAGGAGUUAAUACAAAGAAGUGUAGAGGAAAGCGCUGCUGGGGAGCAUGGAACAGUUUCGUAGGGUGGCAUGGUUUGAUGGAAUUUGGAACUACAUCUGUUAUCAGGGAUAGAAUCGUGUUGACUUCCCGCUAAUAGCUUUCCUCUACAAGAACAUAUAUUUGGGAUGGGGACAGGUUUGGUAUGAAGUUCACUUAUUUCAGCAAUACAGUUAUUGCCAGGUGAUGGAAAGUGUCCACUGUCUACUUACAUUUAGAUACUGGGACAAUGAAAUUGGAUAUCGGCAUAACAUAGUGAAGAGACAGAGGGAAGGACCGAACGGAGAGCAUUCAAGGAAAACAGGCAAAGCGCAGCACGUGAAGUGACCGGGAGGUAGGGACUGGAGGGAAUCUUCCGGGGGAAGCUGAGCUGUCUGCCUGAGCUACAGAGCUGUGGCAACGCCUACCCUGUGUCUGAAUUUUUGAUGUUGCUUGUUGAAGGGUAAAAAGCCCAAAAGGGGUAGAAGUUUGCAUGGAAGACUGAGGAGUUUUAACGUCCUUUACGAAAUUGGCGGUGUUCAGGUUUUGUGAUGGCAGAGUGGGAUCGGGACAUGUCGUCCAAACGAGAAACCCAAUGAGCAUGCAGUGGGCCAAAAUUAAACGAGCGAUUCUAGGAGAAGUCUGAUGCCUGAUGAACAUGGCCGACUCGGGCCUACUUGGAGUGACGCAAGUCGCCAGAGUUUCUAGGUGAUAAGUAUUUAACUAUUUAUUUUUACUUUGUAUGAGUAUGUUGCUUCCAUAAAAUAUUCACCGACUUAAAUUGUACAGAUUGCCCUUGGACACCCGUUCCGGAUAGUGAAUAAAGAUGUCUGAGACGCGGGGCAUUUUUGGACUUUCACUUUAUGGAAGACGGAUAUCUAGACUUUCAAACAGAUUUUUUAUUAUUAUUGUUGUUGAUUAGAUGGUUUGAGGCAUGUCAUUGUUCCAGAUUUUUAUAUAUAUUUAUUAAUUAUAUUGAAUGGCAGUGGAAACAGAUUUAAAUGGUUAAUUGGUUGUAGGCUGAUGAGUGGAGAAAUCUGGUCUUCUGCCCAUUAUACUCUUUUGAUAUUGUAAGUUAUUUUCAAUACGUUUUAUAUAGGCCAAGUAAGAUUUUAAAUUU